AUGUGGGUGAGGAUCAUCAUGUACGCCGCCGGCAAGUCCCGACCGGAGAAGCACGCGGCGCAGCUCGCCAGGGGAGGGGAGCUGCUCACCUUCGUCUGGCUGCUCAUGGUCCACAAGGGGGUUGGGGAUACAACGCUGAGUAGGGUCAAGCUUACCAGCAAUCCUACUGCUUUCGAUCUUGAGGUGUUAUACGCCUUGGAUUUUUGCCAAGAUAGAUCAGCAUCAGCAUCAGCAUCAGCCAAAAGCGAAACUCUGUUUACGUGGGUUCUUUUCGGGGGGUCACAAGGAGGAUUGUCACAGAGCAUGGCCUUAUGGAAGCAUUCUCGCUCACAUGCAUUCAGUUAUCAAACAAAAAUUAGUCUAGUUAGUUUUUCUCCUAAGAACAGAACAUCUUCUUGUCUGCAAAAUGCGACAUGCUUUGCCUGCUUGGAGCGACGGUCUCGACGUGGAUUAUCAGCGAGAGGUCAUAUCCUAAAUGCUAAGAUUGAUAUGACCUCACAUCACAAGUUUCCUAGUAUCAGCUGGAAGUCGAGAACACCGAGAAGUUUAGCACAAAAAAUAGGAGCUACAGGCGCUGGGCUUUCCUUGAGUUUCGCAGUUUCUGGGAUAGCAAAUUCUGAGGGUCCGGUGGAUGAUGGCAUCGAUACCACCCACACUUCCGAAUCAUCCACUACCUGUGCUCAUGGGAAGAAAGUUUAUACAGAGUAUUCUGUCACCGGCAUUCCUGGAGAUGGUAGAUGCUUGUUCCGUUCUGUGGCUCAUGGUGAGUGCAUUAGGUCAGGGAAACCCAUACCUAAUGAGAAUCUUCAGAGAAAGCUCGCUGAUGAUUUAAGAGCAUUGGUAGCUGAUGAGUUUAUCAAGAGACGAACAGAGACUGAAUGGUUUAUUGAGGGCGAUUUUGAUACAUACGUCUCUCAGAUUAGGAAGCCACAAGUGUGGGGAGGUGAGCCAGAAUUGCUAAUGGCUUCUCACAUUCUUCGGUGAGUAAUUGGCUAUUUUCCCCUUGCAACAGGC